AUGUCAUCCAUAAGCAGCGUGUCAGAUAACACAAUAAAACUUGAUUAUUUUGGUUCUCCAUCAUCAGUCGUCCAUCCAAAUCGUACUUAUGAUGGCGAUACAAAGUCUGUUGGCUCGAAAACAUCUCGAACAUCAAAAUUAACUUACAGUGAGUAUCCUCAAGUACGUCCAACUAAUCCGUUAUAUUCAAGUACAUUUACUAUUCGAACAUUAUCCUCUGGAAUAUCAAAUGCAAGUAGUACAGCAACUGUGGUUGAAAGACGAAAAAAAUUCGAUCCAAGUGCACCAAAACUUCCAAGUGAUUGGAGAUGGUUUGCGGUUUUAUGCAUAUUUUUAUUUCCACCAAUUGGUUUAAUUGCCUUUGGUUUAGCACGAAAAGCGCAAAAGAAAUCUAAAGAUGGUUUUAUUGAUGAAUCGAACAAAUUAAAUAAACGUGCUCUUAUUCUAUGCAUAAUUAGUGUUAUAUUUGGUGUUGCUCUCAUACUCGGACUUUUAUUUGGUAUGGAUUCUUGGCCUCGUACAAACGGUUAA